UCAUUAAAGAAUAUAGAAGAACUCCGAAUCAUUCAUGAAUACUCUAAAACCACAAAAGGAAUAACAAUAUGUUUCGUUAUCAUUUUUGUACCACUACAAUUGAUAUUCUUCUUGAGUGUAUUUGGUAACGAUAUCCUAGAUAUUUUGAUUCCUCUAAAUCACACUCGCUCGCGAACAGUUCCAAUCGUAAUUGACUAUUUCGUCGAUCAACAAAAAUUUUUCUAUGUUUUUGGUAUGCAUUUGAACCUUAUUAUCAAUUUCGGAGGAUUAGGAAUUAUAGCUACUGAAACAUUAUCUAUGGCUAUAAUGCAACAUCUUUGUGGAUUGUUAAAGAUUAUUAGCUUCCGUAUAAGUCAUACAUUUGUUGCAAACAUACCAAGAGUAUCUUUUACAGAAAGAAAUACAAUAAUUCGAAAAAAAGUGAUGUCAAUCGUGUAUUUACACGUAAAAAUCAAAAAUUACAUCAACUGGAUUCAAGAAAAGAUAAUAAUAUUCUAUAACUUUUUAAUGUUAUUUGGUUUGAUUGAAUUUAGUAUUUCCAUGUAUGAACUUACCAAAUCAAUAAUAUCCAAUGAUACAAAUGAAUUAAUUUCAUCUCUAUUCUUCGUAAUUUGCAUUACUAUUUAUGGAUUUAUUCCCAAUCAUUUUGCGCAAAAGAUAAUCAAUCACAGUUCUAAUAUUUUUAUAGAUGCAUACAACACAGAAUGGUACAAGCUCCCAGUAAUAGAACAAAAAUUAUUACUGUUCAUCAUGCAGAACAAUUUGAAAAAUCUUAAUUUCGUGUUAUUGGGUUCCAUGAUUGCAUCUUAUAAUGUAUACGUAACGAUACUACGUACGGCAUUUUCGUAUUUUAUGGUCAUUUAUUCUAUUGAUUUUAAAACUGAUGAAUAA